AUGCCUUACGAUACCUACUUUGGAGGUGUUAAUGCGUUUUCAAAGGAACAGUUUACUCUUGUUAACGGCUUUCCGAAUUUGUACUUUGGCUGGGGAUAUGAAGAUGACGAUGUCUAUCAUAGGGUUUUAAACGCUAAUUUAUCAGUGCAGAGACUAUCAUAUGACGUUGGGCGAUACAGACAUCUAGGACAUCGACAUUCAAUUCUAGGGAAUGGAAUUUUAAAACUUUACAACACGAAACAGCAAAGGUAUCUGUCAGAUGGAUUGAACAACUUGAAAUAUAAAAGAAUCAGUUAUAACUUAAGACCUUUGUGUACUUGGAUUUCGAUUGGACUAUAUAAUCAUACAGGUCAGGUCAUGCAAGAAGUAUCAAACGGUGAAUGAAGUCAGACUUGAGAUUCUUGGGAAAAUACAUUGUUCAUUAUAUUUUGAUUAAUACAUUUUAUUGGUAGCAUCCCUUAAAACAAUGUUGGUUAUGUGGGCUAGAAUCAAAACCCUUUAUUGAAAGAAUAAUGUAUAAGUUUUGGAAAUGCAGCUUUUGAACACGAAAUGUGAAAAAUAUGCAUUCUUUGCCACUGACUUCUUUUCGUGUUAUAAAAGAUAAAUUUAUAACAUAUUUUUUCUUUUUGAUACAUAAACCUUCUUACAGCAUUCAACUUUUAAACACGCUAUAUUGAUGAAAUUUUAAUUUAGAACAAUAUAUGGUCUUUCCCACCGUGUUCACUGUUAAUCCUCGGAUUCUCUUCUUAAGGUAGACCGUCCGUAACAGAAACCUUCCUUAUCUAUCGCCAUUGACAAUAUAUAAAUUUGAUUUGCCUCCGUAUUUCAGUACCCUC